AUGGAACAGGAGGACGAUGGCCGACGUCAGGAGAUGCUCUCCCAUCGAUCUCACCUGACCGACUCCCUCGUCGGGGAUCCGUACAAUGUCAUCCUGUACCUUGAGCGCGCAGUCCUCUACUCAGACCUGGGCUACCCGGACCUGGCCGCUGGAGAUGCUUACCGAGCCCUGCUCCUCACAGACGAGAUUGCCGACGAGGGCCUCGAAUACAACGAGCGGGCCUCGAACGCAUUGAGAACCUACCUCGGCCGCGACACACCCGGUGUGCUCGACUUUGGGAACCUCCUGGCCGAGUGGCAGGAGGCCCAGUCCGACCCGGACAGCCACGGCGGCGACGACGAGAGCCGGCAGCUGCGACGGCUGGGUUCCCUGGCCUCCAUAAGGUCCUUCCAGAUACUGUCCCUCAGCCUCCUGCUGUGCGGCUGCCUCAAGAGCGCCGCCACGUUCUGCCACCGUGGUCUCCAGCUCGUCCCCACCAACCAGGAGCUGCUCAACUACAAGGGCCACAUCAACACCUUCGCCACCCGUAAACUCGGCCGCCCGGACUUUGACAUCAACGAACUCUCUGACCAGGGCCUCGUACGCCGUGAGGUCUACCCGUGGAACCAUCAUGAGCCCGAUCGAUUCUCCGCCGAGUCCCUGGAGACCCUCAACAGCCACCUGCGCCCCAUGGCGCCCAAGUGUGAGGUCCAGGUCGCCACGCUGCCCGUGCUGCUUGACGGGGCAUCCGACACGGACCAUUACGACAUCAUCCCCAUGUGCAAGCAGCUGGGCCUCUUUGCCACCGAGGACAUCGAGCCCGGCGAGGUUGUGCUGCGCGAGUACUCGCUCCUGACGGCCAACAACCGACUCAAGGACUCUGUCUGCGACGCCUGCAGCUCCGACCUGCCGGUCCUCGGAGCCGAGGAGCAGGCCGUCAGCUGUGACGAGUGCAUGGACACGGUCUUCUGCAGCCAGGCGUGCCACGACCAGGCCCAGGACCGCUAUCACCCGGCCGUGUGCGACAAGGACGUCGACGCCAUCGCCAAGGACCCGAGCGCCCUCGAGGCCGACCAGACGCUGUACCUGCUCCUGCUGGCACGCGUGCUCGCCAUCGCCGCCACCCAGGAGAGCCACCCGCUAGACGUGCGCGAGGUACAGUUCAUCUGGGGCGACUUCGUGCCCUCGAGCGAGAACGACAUCGACCCUUCUCCCAACGCCGGCCCGUCGCCCCAGUGGACCCUGCCCUUCUCCUUCAAGUACAACAUCGAGACGCCGCUCCACAUCCUCGAGAAGAUGGACAUCGACAUCUUCGCCUCCCUGGAGGACUACGACCUGUGGGUCCUCAACACCCUGUACGCCAAGUUCCGCGGCACUGCCUCUGCCCGUAAAAGCCUCCGAGACGGCCGACCCGACGUCGCCGCCGUCCACCCAUACUGGUGUCUGGCCAACCACGACUGCGACCCAAAUGUUACGUGGGACUGGGGCGGCCACAUGGUCUUGUGGGCGCGGGAGGAGCGCAUCGUCGGUCCCAGGAGGGGAGGUAUCGCCAAGGGCGAGGAGAUCCUCAACCACUACUGCGACAUCAACCUUCCCGUCGACCAGAGACGGGAGUGGGCAAGUGGUAGUCUGGGCGGUUGGUGCAUGUGCAAGAGGUGCAGGGAUGAGGCGGCGGAGACGUCGACGAAUGGUCACGCGAUGCAGAAUGGUGACUCGGCAUAG